AUGGCUAAGCGCGGUGCAACGGAGCAAAUCACGAAGGAUACCUGGGAAAGAGACGAAGAUGAUGGAGGUAGAGACCGUUCGGAGGAACCCGCCGAGGUUGCCAGCCAGGCGGUGUUGGCGAAAAGAAAGAUAUUGAAGCCCAAGUCUCGGGUCGGUGGCAUUUCUGCUGCAGCACCUGGUCCCAGUCCCAGUCCCGCCUCCUCUGGCUUAUUCAAUUUUGGCCCACCGGCGGCGACCAAUUCUACUCCGACCACGUCGCUGUUUGGCCAGCUCGCUCAGACUACCCCUUCUAAAAAUCUCUUCGGUCAACCCGUACCGUUGUCUUCAACACCCGCUGGCAAUCCCUUUAGCGCAUCCAAGUCGGAGAAUUCGCUUUUCCCCAACCUUUUUGGAACGCCUAUGCCUUCAGAGGUGGCACUCACAACCCUCGAAACAGCCGUAGCCAAACCUGCGACCGCUGUAUCGACACCUCAAGUAGCGUCUAGUAUUUUCGGUGCACCUGCUCCUCAACUUGCAUCUACCCAUCCUGUUACCACAGCCGUUACUGCUACACCUCCUACAUUCGUAUUCGGGGCACCAUCUUCCCAAAUCACAAAACCCGGGCCGAGCAUAUUCGCCCCCUCUACUCUAGCCCAAGGGCCUACUGGUGCCAUUGCAGAACCCCAGAAGAAUCUAUUUGGAUUUCCCGCACAUAAACCCCAAGAAGUAGUUGAAGCAGUUCCAUCAUCCACUACGACUACCCCUACUGUAACGCCAGCAAAGCCCCCCUUGUUUGGCAGCUUUGGUGAUAGCGCCGCCGUGAAACCUUCGGACGGAUCGGAACCUCGAUCGAAAAUACUCUUUGGCGCACCCCCGCAUCUCCCAAUCUUAAACUCUAACCUGGAAGAAGGGGGUGAAAAUGAAAAGACAUCAAUAUUCAAUACAGGGAAUGGGUCGCUUGCGUCAAACAGUAUGCAGCCAAGCUCCCGCUCAUUAUUUCCGGAUUUAAAGGUAGCGAAUCCCCAAUCGGCGUCCGCACACGCAACGGGUCUAUUUAAAACGCCAACGAUGAUGGGCCCUUCCGGAGCGAAAGAUAUUCCAGAAGAUGUGGCGAAGAGCAAGCAGCCUAAACAUGAUCCUAAAUCCCUGAUACCUCCUCCUGGUGUCGGCGUCACACAACAGGAUAUGCCAACAUUUAAUUGGUUGUAUCAAGUGAAAAGUCUUAACCUCGAAAUUCAGGACCGGAUUCAGGAGGCGUUGUCGAAGGACCCGUUUACUAAUCUCACAGGUUUUAUUAAUUAUUACCAAGAUAAUUUGACCUAUAUUGAUUCCGUAAAGCUAUCUCAGGAAGGCCAGCUUGACGAGAAAGCAGAAACCGAGGCCGAUAACCAUAUUGAGGGUAACUAUGAGACAAAAGAUAAACACGAUUUAGUUACUCCAUCAAAAGCUUCCAAAUUGUUUGAAUCGGCGCUUGCCCCAUCAGCCAGCAAAAACUCGAGUGCUUCCCUACAAAAUGAGACAAAUUCUACCAGCGAUGCUCGCCCCUUCUCCGGCUCCGUAUUCCAAUCAAAACCAUCAACAGGACUCUUCAAUCAACCCACUUCGGCAAUGAGUGCUCUAAAUCCUCCCUCUGAAUCUAUAUUUUCGGGGGCAACUACGAAAUCAAUAGGACUUUUCGGUUCUGGUAGCAGCUCUAACAAUGAUACCAAAACUGCACCUCUCUUUCAAUUCGGGUCCCAAAGCAAAGCCCCGGUCAAUAUCUUUGACUCUGCUCCUUCUAAGGAAUCCGAUAAUGCCGCGCCUAAAGCCUUUGCCCCUAAUUCCUUAUGGAACAGCAAGCCGAAUUCUGCAGCUGCAUCCAAUGCGUCAUCGCCGGGUAGCGUUCUAGCAGGUGGUACGGCAGGAAUGAAAGAUUCUGAUACUGGCGGGUGGUCUAACCCCUUUACUCAAGAAAACCCUCUUUUCCUUCCCGGGGGGGAAGACGAUGACGAUGAGGACGGCGACGAAGGGGAGAAGGAGGGAGAGAACAAUGUCCGUGAGAGUAACGAACCCGAAGACGAUGCUCCGGAGUCAUCAGCCAUUACAAAACCCGAGCCAACCUCCGUAUUCGGAGCUCAGCAGUCGAGUUCUAACUCCUUGUUUGGCCGCGUGUCUUCCACACCGACUUUCAACUUUGGGCAGAUCGCAGCCCCCAAAACAGGAGCCGUCGGCCUAAUCGGAAAUACAGCUGGUACAAGUGACAAACAGACAUGGACUCCAGAUAAAGGUAUAAAAUUCGGGGACCGAAUAGAUAGCAAGGGUAGUAGUACUGCUUCUGGCUCCGUUCCCGCCCAAAGUUUGUUCGGAUUACAAAGCCAGGCUCCUGCCCCAGGCGGUCUGUUCGGUAAUACUACUACUAAGUUCAACUUUCCUCAACCAACCAACGGAAAGGGCGUAUUCUCGAAUUCCCCCUUGAAGUCUGCCAUCCCGUCGGUAUUACUCAGCGGACUUACAGGUGGCGGGUUAGCUCCGCCAGCUACGACAUUCGGAGGGCCGUCCCCGGCCCCCUCGGAUAUCAGUACACCAGGAGAGGCCUCGAAUAAAGAAGGAGGCGAAGAUGACAACGACCCUUCUGAUGAGGCCGGGCAGCAGGGGGGUAACACCAAAGAUCUGUCGGGCAAGGGACCUGGCGAAGAAGAAGAAGACGAAGUGUUUGAGACCCGGUCGUCUAUCUACAACCUUAAUAAUGGAGCAUAUGUAAAGAUCGGCAUCGGGAGAUUGCGGGUUUUAAAGAAUAGAAUUAACGGAAGGGCGAGAAUCGUAGUCAAAGUUGAGACUGGAAAAGUUCUCAUGAAUGUUGGGCUCCGGAAGGAGCUCGACUACACGAAAGUCAGCGAAUCCGAGGCGAAAGGGAAAGUGGUUAAGAUAAUAGAGUUCCUUCCCGAGGGCAAAUCGCGAGUUUGGGUCAUGAAAGUUGGAACAGCUGAGCUUGCACAAAAACUCCGCAAAACUCUGGAGGAGAAGAAGUGA